GAGAAAUUCAUCCUACGCACGUCCGACGCCACCUGCCAGCACUCUCCACUCGACCUCACACGUCUCAAUCUCUUAUUUCAUCGGUAAAAUGACGACCACAACUAUGCACUUUGGUCCCGAAUGGAUGCGUCCCAAACAUGCGCGCCCCCAGAACCCGCCUUCUCCUCCUCCUGUUACCUCUCAUGCGUCUCCCGGGGCAUCUUCUUAUUCGUCUCUUGUGACCACCACUCUGAACAUGCCCCAAGAAAAAUCAGACACCGCUCACCCUUUCCGCUAUUCCAAAGACGAGCUCCUCAAGAUCUAUAAGGAAGGAGGUGGCAGAGGCGGCCUUGGACUGGAGGUUGAACGAUGGGAGGGCGUCGUACGCGAAGUUGGGAGCGAACCGAUCGCCAUGAAAGAAUGGACUGACGCGGAGAGAAAGCUUUUUGUAGGCUCUCUCAACUCGGAGGUGCGCAGGCGUCAGUCGACUGACUACCUCUCACCUCUCGCCACUCCGUCAGGAGAAAGGACUAAACUACUUCACACUCCUUCUGGUGUUGCAAGCCCCAUACGGGAGCGGUUUGGAAACCUCAUUGCCAGGAGGAAAGACAGUUCGGGUUCGGAGCAACCCGCGUUGGGCGUACCAAGGAAAUUGUCACUGUCUUCAAUGCAGGGCGGGACGAACUCUCCGCGGGACAGUAGUCUCUCUUCUCCUCGCACUCGCAUACCCACAACUCCUGGGUUUGAUGGAAUCUUAAACGCACCAGAUUCUUGGACUUCGAGGAGGCGCGCUUCUGAAGCGGGCGCAAAAUCCGCGACCGGCAAUGAAUACAUAAAUGACAAGGAGAUAAAGGAGGAGGAAGAACCCCAGGGCGGCGGAUGGGGUCAUGCAGCUCAGAACGGCGAUCUCAACGUUCACAAUCACCAGGCUGCAGAUGAUCGCAUGCACUCUGCUACCGUUGACGUUCCGGACGGUCUACCGUCAGAAGCUCGUGUCAUUGACCGGGAUAUUGCGAACCAUUCGUUAGGCGAUCAGGGAUUUGCAGGGCAGGCGCCUACAACGCCUUCGAGCUCUCACACAAAUCCCGAUACAGCGAAUGCUGGGCCACCCCCAGGUAUCGCCGACGUUGCAAGCGUCGAAUGGUCCUACCUUGACCCUCAAGGACAGAAGUGGUAUGACGAGGGCUACUUCGCGGCUGAUCUUCUUAUGAAGCGCACGAAUAUUGACCAAGAUUGGACACCUGUUGGCGAGCUGGCUCAUCGUGCGAAUGGUGCACAGGUAUUCCUCAGCCACUUUUCUAGUAACUCAGCACCUCCUGGUUUAGCUCGCCAGGUCGACUCUUCAUUUGAUGGUUUUGCGCAGUCUCAAGAUGCCAGCGGAUUGAAUCCGCCUUACCAACCUAUUCCCACACGUUCUUUACAUCCUUCUGCCUUAGAACCAUAUCUUACUUCAGGAUCUGUUGCAUCCGACUCCCCCUCCUCCUCAUUUGGUGCUGGUCGAUUUGGGAACGGCUCUCCCGACCCAGCUGCAUUUGGUGGCCAUGCAGGCGGCCAUCUUUACUCCACGAAUGAUUCGCCAGCAGGCUCUCGACACAGCACUUUCGCCGUUGACCCUUCAUCUGCGUACGGGGUCGCGAGGAGGCCCAUGUUCAAUGAUGGAUCUCAGUACGAUCCAAGUUUUGCCAAUCGUUCUAUCGGAAACGUCACCCCUAUUCGAACAUCGUCUAUCGAUAAUUUCGGCCAUGGUGCACCUUCACUACCUGUGCAGAAUGCCUGGCCAUCAACUGGGAGCGUUCAUCCGGGUUUGAAUGGCACAAGAGCAGGAUCCACAGAUCCCUUCGCACAAAGUCUUGCUCAAGGCGUGGACCCUACAUAUGUUUCACAGCCGUCGAUGGUUCGGAACUUCAAUAAUGUCCGCGGUAUCCAGGACAAUAUGUCUAUGGGUUACACGAGUGCCCCUGCGAUGAACCACCGGGAUCUUUCACGCCUCGGGGUACGAGAUCCGUAUGCAUCGGAAGAAAAGCUCGACCUUCGUGGUGGAAUUGGCCUUGAUGGUUACGCCAAUGGCGUUUCCAGCUCACCGUUCGGAUCUCAAACACUGGCUCAGCCUUUCAACCAGUCUCCAGCAUUGCAGUAUUCUAUUGCUCCGACUCAGCCACUCCCUUCUCCUGUCACAACACAACCAUCACCACAUGUUAUUGCUCCGAACCGAAUCAUGACCCCUCAUCAGCCUUCACAAACACAGUCUCCAUGGAACACUCUCGAGGAAUCCGUACCCAAGCAAUCUGCAGUGAACUCCAGUGUAUUCCCUACCUCCGCCAACACUGUAUCUACUAGGGUUGCUCCUCCGCCACCAUCACCCUGGGCUCGUGCCAGCCAGGUUUCACAGCCCGUAACUGUUGCUAUUGAUCAAUCACCAUGGAUCAACACCUCUAUUGGCGCCUACGACAAUCGGACACCGGCUUCUGGCCCCAGCAGCUUGACAGUCAGUAACCUUGGUCAGCACAAUCAGCAGCAAGACCAAGAAGCCUCUGGGGGCACCCACGAAGCGCAAUUGACUGUGGAAAGUCCAGUGGAACUCUCUGAAGUAGUCGGGACGCCGUCUUCACACGUACCUAGCCCAGAGCUUUCGCAACAGCAACAACCGAGGCCCCAUCGCAAGUCCUCGACGCAGGGUGCAACCGUUGCUCCAACUGCGAAGUCUUCUACAAAGCCUCCUUCUCCAGUUCUUCCUACCACGGGUAAACCCGUCUGGUCUACCGAGGAUGAAAAGAAGAAGGGCUUGUCUACGAGUCUCAGCUUGAGGGAAAUCCAGGAGGCCGAGGCGAAGAAGCAGGAGGUGAAGAAAGCUGCUGAGAGGGAGAAGGAGCGGAUUGCGCGGGCGGCAGCCGCUCAGGCCCCGUCUCAACCACUCGACGACGCGCAGACAUUCACAGCCUCUUGGGGCCUUCCUACCUCUCAGGUUGGUGCCACCCGCCAUACCUCGACCAAAGAGGCAGCGCCCUCUGCGGCCGCCACGCCAUCUGCGCCGGGUGCGCCUGCACCUGUAUGGACCAACGCGGUCAAACCCUCUACCUCUAAGAAGACCAUGAAGGAAAUUCAGGAAGAGGAGGAAAGACGGAAGAAGAUGGCUGCAAAGGAGACGGCUGCGGCCGCGGCCGCUCGCCGUGCGUAUGCGGAGACGACGACAAAGAGUGCCACUUCUACACCUGCUGUUGGUGGUGCCUGGACUACUGUCGGUUCGAAUGGUAAAUUGUCCGCCCUGACAAUUCCUGCUGGUGUGCGCCCUGUCAAUCCGACAGCUACGUCUACUGCCGCAGUGACUACUUCUUCAACGCGCGCGCCAAAUGGCACUGUUUCUGUCUCUCGAUCACCAGCUCCUGCUGCGGUCAAAGUCGCAUCUGCAUCCAAGGUCGACGAUACGCCUGUGGUUCCUUCGCCUGCUUUCAUGAAGUGGUUGAAUGACUCAUUGAAGGGACUUAACAACUCUGUUAACUGCGAAGAGAUCAUGUCAAUGCUGCUCUCGUUCCCCCUGGACGUCGACCCUUCAACCAUGGAGAUCAUUUCCGAACUCAUCUAUGCGAACAGCACGACGCUCGAUGGGCGGCGUUUUGCUCAGGAGUUCGUGAGCAAACGUAAGACGGACGCGGCGUCGAGAAGAGGCAUGACCACUCCAGGUAAGGGUCCUUCCAUCGCGGAUGUGGUGAAGGCGCAGCCGAAACCAUCUCAACAAUCGGAGUGGGGAGGCUUCAAAGUCGUCAACAAGAAGAAGAAAAGCGGUCGGGCGUAG